GAUCCUGCGCUUUAAUCAACGUGGAGGGGUUUGGCUUGUAGAAGAGCGCGUGUCUGAGAGGGGGAUCUCACACACACACACACACACACACACACACACACACACUCGCACGCACACGCACGCGCGCACUCAGAAGCGUCAAGAAGUGAACGCGGUACUGAAGCUUGUGGCUAUGAUGAGCUUCGGCAGGGUGGUGAUCUCGGCUGGUUUAUUGGGUCUGCUCAGUUUCACUCUGCUUGCACUUGCUGUUGGCACUGAAUACUGGUACAUCAUAGACGCGGAUAAAGUGAUCAACUCCAGCUGGCACUUUGCGAGCUCGCACUCAGGCUUGUGGAGGAUCUAUGAAGGAAAAAAUGGCAGUUUUCAUGACAUCUCCUUCUACACAGAUACUUCAGAGUUCAGUGAGCAGGAAAAGCACCUCUUAAACCUACACAGGAUUAUUGUCAUCUUGCUGCCUCUCAGCCUGGUGCUGCUGAUUUUCGGGGGCAUCUUUGGGCUGGUGGGCUCUCUUGCCCGCAGUUAUACAAUCCUUACUGGUGUGGCUGUGUACUUCCUCAUCUGCAGCCUUUUUACACUCUCCGGUGUGUGUAUCUAUGUUAGCUACUCUCAGCAGGCCUUGGACGAGCUGCGGCAGCUGCUAAGUGCCGAGUUGCUCGCCCACAUACACAUGUCCUUCGGCUGGUCCCUGGCCUCAGCUUGUCUCUCUUAUACACUGGAGGUGGCCUGUGGCAUCCUGCUCUUACUCGCAGCGCGUCUCGCUUAUCAUCAGCUACACCAUGAGUCUACCGCCUCUUUCUCCAUGUCCUAGAGACACCGCAGUCAAAGCACAUUUAGUUUAUCACUGACGAAUGUAGAGGUAAGCAAAAAUACAUGACAAAUCAUUUAAUUUAAUGAAUGUGCACCUGUGUUCAUAUUUCAGAAUAUUUAGCCAUGAAGUUUUGGAGGUUAAUGCAUAUUUUAUUCAUUUUGAAGCUGCUGGAUGCUGGCAAUUUGCAGAUUAAUGUCUCUAACUGGUAGCAAAUUUCUAUUUUAAGCUGCAUUCAUAAAGAGCAUCUUGUAAUGAUUAUGUCCCUCUGCUAUGCAUGGAUUAAUCUUACAGCUGUGAGAGCCAAUUCAGUAAAUUUCAGAGAGAAUUAAAGCCUGUAUCCAUAACUGUAUUUGACACACUAGAUAACUUACAUAGUACUGAUACCUGUCGUGUUCGGACAUUCUGUGUAAAAGUGUUGUAUGAUGUUUAAGUCACAGCCCAGGUUUUCAUGACUCUGAGGUUAUGAUCUGUAAUAAUCCAGCUCCUCAGUAUUAUUAAGGUGUUUUAGUAUUGCCAACAACUUAUAACUAUAACACACUUCAGUCUCUCCAGGAUUUCAGAUUUAUUUAUUUUUUUAUGAAUGUUGUACCCACUUUUAGAGUUUUUGGGGCUUUUUUUUUCACUAAAAGUGAAAAGUCUUUCUAUAUAGUCUUUCUGUAUGGAGCUUAGAAGCAAACAAAAUGUAUCUAAAUGUGAAUUUCAUUGAUUUGUCCCUAAUAUGAAAUUACAAGGUAUCCAAAAUACAAGUACAGUAAGACCACUCAAGGAACUGUUGACCCUUUUAACCAUCAUAAGGGAUUUUCAUACUUUAUUGAUAAGUAGAAGAGAGAAGUGAGAAGUAGUUACUCCUGGGUGAUUAUAAACAGAAUACUGUAUUGUUUCACACUGUAGAAAUUUGGCACAACAAUGCGAGGUUAACAUACAUAAAUCAUUGCUAAUGCUGCUUCAGAGCAAGGUGUGAAACAUUUCUUUUUUCAGGGGGGGAAAAAGCAGGUUUUAGAACGACAAGAACACAGGAUUAAGCGCAAUGUGAAAAACCCUUUAGUCAUCUGCCACAUUUUUUUCUGUGGCUAUCAAUUUCCAGCAAGCUGAAAUGAUUAUAGACAGAAGAUUUCCUAAUUAGUUAUCCCAAGCUGUACUAAACAUCAGGGCCUAUAUUUAUAAAGCUUGUAAGAUGGUCUUAGAAAGCUCUUAAUUUAGCUUAAAAAUUUUGAAUUAGGAAUCUCAUCAUAAAAGUGAUUCAAGUGAUCAAUGAUGGCAAGCUGUCCUGGCCCAGAUGCAGCAAUACAAUACAGGCCCACAGUAUUAUACGACCACCACCAUGUUUCACUGAUGGAUUAAGGUUCUUAUGCAGGAAUUUUACUUUUUUUUUCUCCAAAAAUAACACUUCUCAUUUUAAAAUAAAAAGAUUUAUUUUGGUUCCAUUCCUCCACAAAUUAUUUCUCCACAAGUCCUCGUGCUUGUCCACGUGAUCUUUAGUUAACUCUAUGGGCAACAGUGUUCUUUUUGGAGAGUAGUGGCUUUCUCUUUGUAUCCCUGCCAUGCACACCGAGGUUGUUCAGUGUUCACUUUCUUGACUCAUGAAAAUGAACAUAAGCCAAAGUAAAAGAGGCCUUUAUUUACUUAGAAGUUAUCCUGUAUUCCUUUAUGACGCAACAGACUAUUACAUGCCUUGAUUUAGGAGUGAUCUUUGUUGGUUGAACACUUCUGGGGAUGGUAGCAAAGGUCUUAAACAUCCUCGCUUUGUACAGAAUCUGUCUAAAUACAGAUUUGUCGAGUCCAAAUCCUUAAGAGAGGAUGUCGUAAGCUUCUCCAGCUUGAUGAGCAACAAUAACUCUUUUCCAGAAGUCCUCAGAAAUCUCUCUUGUUUUCACAACGACCCACUUGAACAAACACACGUCAUGACCAUCAGACUUUGAUACAUCACUGUUCCUUAAAUACAUCAGGAGGCUCACAGUGCCCUGAUUGUCAUCUCAUUGUCUGAAAUCAGACGGACUCUAAUUUGACCUUGAUAUUAAAUACCACUCAUAGAUAUAUUAUAGUGGAACUGUUUCCUGAAUAAAAACAAUACCACGUAUAAUAUACUUGCCUGAUCUGUUUAAUUUGGGUUCACUUUAUUUUUUGGGACUUGUGUGAGAAUCUGAUGAUGUUUUGGUUCAUAUUUAUGCAGAAAUAUAGAAAUUUGCAAAGGGUUCAUUGCAUUUCUGUGCUAUGUUUCUAUUUUUGAGAUUUGUAUGUAUCGUUCGUUUUUCUUCGAAAAUUGUAAACCAUUUUAAAUAAGUUCAAAUAGAUGAAUUAUUUUAAUUCAAAUAUACAAAAUUAUCAUUUAUAUUUCCACACUGUUGUCAGCUUCUAAGGUCUGGCUUUUUUGCAGUGUAACUGUGGAAUCGGAGCACAGUGAAAAAAGCCUGCUGACCAAAACAUCAGUCAUUCGUGAAGGAGAAAGCGUUGCUCUGCAUUAAUAUCUCAGAAUGUUGUUCCCUCAGGGUCAUAGAGUGUGUUUACUUACUUUAUCUCUCUGAGGCUGAUGAUAGCAAUAAUCUCCGGAGAGCAAAACGCUUGCACAAUUUUUUUUUUUUAAUUCUUUUUUUUGUGUUUUAUAAUUUUUUUAUCGUUCAUUCUGGGUUAGAUAUGUAUAUUGUUAUUUGAUCAGUGUAUUUUGUCCUGUAUUGUCCUUGUUUUCCAGCUCAGCCAGAGCUCACUUCUGGCUCCUGUGUAAAGCUGGACCUACUGGAAAUAACGUUUGAUGUAUGAGUCUGAAAAACUCCUGCAAAAUCCUACAGCUGUGAUUGUAAAUUACUGUGAAUUACAGAUUGCCAGGGCAACUCACAGCAGCUCAGGAGGUACAAGCUAUAUAUUUUCUUUCUUUACUGAUUUAAUGCAUUUUAUUUAUUUAAAACCAUAUGCAAUUCACCUGAAUCCAGUUUGAAAAACGAUUCUCCUUGUAAUAGCAGAAAUAGCUCUACCUUAUCAAAGAAAAUGUGUUUAUGUGUGUAAAAUCCAUGUGGUGAAUAAGAAUUACAUAUCGAUCA